CUGUUUUCUAGGUGGUUCCUCCAUCAGCGGCAGGUCAAGUUCGAGGCUACUAUGUAGACUGGAAAAUGUUGCGAGAUGUGAAGAGACGAAAAAUGGCUUAUGAAUAUGCGGAUGAGAGGCUUCGGAUCAAUGCACUCAGAAAAAAUACCAUUUUGCCAAAAGACCUUCAGGAUAUGGCUGGUGAGGAAAUUGCUGCCCUUCCACGGGAUAGCUGUCCUGUUAGAAUCAGAAACCGGUGCAUUAUGACAUCCCGCCCACGUGGUGUUAAGCGUCGUUGGAGGCUUAGUCGCAUUGUCUUCCGCCAUUUGGCUGACCAUGGGCUACUUUCUGGAGUCCAGCGAGCAAUAUGGUAAAUCAGUUUCAGAAGCUGCUGCCCGGGAGGGUAAUCCUGUCAAGAGACUUUAUUAAAAGACCAAACCCUG